GUGGGAGGGGGUAGGGAGGCUGGAGCCCCUUAACCUCUUGGCAGCUGGACUCUGGGCUGGCCCCUAUUAACCCCUCGGUGGCUGGACUGGCAGUGGGGGCUGGGUGUCAGAGUGAGUUGCUCUGUGCUAACGGCGGGAAGGGGAAGUGGUUUUAGUGACAUGCAGGCCGCGGGGGAGGGGACGGGGUUCAGUUCUAGUGGCAGGAAGCCCCGGGUGUCUCUGGGGUGUGGAGCAGACGGCCAGUGGGCCAGGACUGGGGCCGGGAUGUCCUUCUCCGACCCGGACACAGGUUCUGAGCACGAUGCCGAGCUCAGUGCUGGAGCUUUUGCCCCAGCCCCUCCCUUUUCCCCACAGGGCGAGGCCCCCAGCUCAGUGCUGGCAGCGCUGGGGCUGGGGCCUGGGGGGGCUCCGGACCUGGCUGCACCAGGGGUGCAGCAGCGGCUGGACGAAGAGCGGGAGCGCAUCCGGCGUGAGAUCCGCAAGGAGCUGAAGCUAAAGGAGGGGGCAGAGAACCUGCGACGUGCGACCACCGCCCGGCGCCACCAGGCCAGUGUGGAUGGGCUGCUCAAGGGCUCAGCCCGGCGACUCCGUGACCUGCACGAACGCCUGCGCAGCCUCGAUGCCCACAUCAUGGUCAAGGAAACGCCUGAUGACCCAGAUGCCCCGCAGUCUCCUGGCAGCCAGAGUCGCGCAGCUGCAGCCGAGAGCCGCCUGGCUGGGCUGGAGAAGCAGCUCAACAUCGAGCUCAAGGUGAAGCAGGGGGCCGAGAACAUGAUCCAGACCUACGCCAAUGGCGCCUCCAAGGACCGGAAGCUGCUGCAGACGGCCCAGCAGAUGCUCCAGGACAGCAAGACCAAGAUUGACAUCAUCCGCAUGCAGAUGCGCAAGGCACUGCAGGCUGGAGCUGCUCCCCCGGACCCUGAUGACCCCACAGGUGCGGGGGAGCUGAGCUGUGCGGAGCUGCGGGUGGAGGAGCUGUGGCACCACUUUCGUGUGGAGCUAGCCGUGGCCGAGGGCGCCAAGAACGCUCUGCGCUUGCUCAGCUCUGGCUCCAGCAAGGUGCAGGACCGGCGUGCCACUAACGAGGCCCAGGCAAAGUUGACGGAGUCGAGCCAGAAACUGGAUGUGCUGCGCCUGGCGCUGGAGUCUGGCAUCGUGGCCCUACCAGAUGGGCACCCCAAGGCCUGCCUGGUGCGGGAGGAGCUGGCUUUGGGUGCUCGCCAGAGCCCCCCCAGCCCCCACCCCCCCUACAGCACUCUCUGCAAGCCAGCCCCGCUCACAGGGACACUGGCCGUGCGGCUGCUAGGCUGCACAGGGCUGCUGGAGGUGGUGCCAGGGCGGAGCCGGGGUGCCCCUCCCUGGCUACCCUGCCACAGCUCUAGCCCUAGCCCCGGCCCCAGUGCCUCCUUCAUGGGCCGCAGCGGGCGCGGACUCUACAGCCGCACUGGGAGCCUCAGCGGGAGGACACCCCCCAAGGCCGAUGACCUCAGCAGUGAGGUGAGUGCGGUGUUGAAGGUUGACAACACUGUGAUGGGACAGACAGCCUGGAAGCCUGUGGGGCUGGAUGCAUGGGACCAAACCUUUGCCCUGGAGCUGGAGAGGGCCCGGGAGUUGGAGCUGUUGCUCUACUGGCGGGAUUACCGCAGCCUCUGUGCCCUGAAGCACCUCAAGCUGGAGGAUUUCCUGGAUAACCAGCUCCACGAAGUGCACCUUGGCCUGGAGCCCCAAGGCACGCUGCUGGCUGAGGUCACCUUCUUCAACCCAGUCAUUGAGCGCAUCCCCCGGCUGCAGCGCCAGAAGAAGAUCUUCUCCAAGCAGCAGGGCCGGGCCUUCCUGCGCGCUCGCCAGAUGAACAUUGACAUCGCUACCUGGGUGAGGCUGUUGCGUCGUGUCUUGCCAGCCCCCAGCGCCUCUUACAGCCCCAGUGCCCCACCCCGGCCUGGCCCUGCCCAUGGGGACAUUGCCAUUGAGAAGCUGAGCCUGGACAGUGACAAACCCCCAGUACCGCCUUGUGACCAGGAGGAUAGAGAGGAGCCCCUGGUCCCAACCCAGCUCACAAGAGAAGAUGAGAAGACACCUGCAGCAGAUGCCCCACGGACAAGGAGCGGCAGCCUUCGCAGGAAGACACCGCUGACCCUGGAUGACUUCAAGUUCCUGGCUGUGCUGGGCCGCGGGCACUUUGGCAAGGUGCUGCUGUCGGAGUGCACGCAGACAGGGCAGCUCUACGCCGUCAAGGCACUGAAGAAGGGUGACAUCGUGGCCAGAGACGAGGUGGAGAGCCUGCUGUGCGAGAAGCGGAUCUUGGAAGCAGCGACGGAGGCACGCCACCCCUUCCUGGUGAACUUGGCCGCCUGCUUCCAGACUCCGGCACACGUCUGCUUUGUCAUGGAGUAUGCACCCGGCGGUGACUUGAUGAUGCACAUCCACACCGAUGUCUUCACUGAGCCCCGUGCCAUGUUUUAUGCUGCGUGCGUUGUCCUGGGGCUGCAGUUCCUGCAUGACCACAAGAUUGUUUACAGGGACCUAAAGCUGGACAACCUGCUGCUGGACGCUGAGGGCUUUGUCAAGAUUGCCGACUUUGGCUCUGCAAGGAAGGUGGGCAUGGGCUACGGGGACCGGACAAGCACAUUCUGCGGGACCCCGGAGUUCCUGGCACCCGAGGUGCUGACGGACACAUCCUACACACGAGCUGUAGACUGGUGGGGGCUGGGAGUCCUCAUCUACGAGAUGCUGGUGGGCGAGUCACCCUUUCCUGGAGAUGAUGAGGAGGAGGUUUUUGACAGCAUUGUGAAUGAUGAGGUCCGUUACCCGCGCUUCCUGUCUACUGAGGCCAUCGGCCUCAUGCGCCGGCUGUUGCGUAGAAACCCCGAGAGGCGCCUGGGCUCCAGUGAGCGUGAUGCUGAGGACAUCAAGAAGCAGCCGUUCUUCAGGAACAUGGACUGGGAGGCCCUGCUGGGGCGCCGCCUGCCCCCACCCUUCGUGCCAACCAUCCAGGGCCGCGCUGACAUCAGCAACUUCGACGAGGAGUUCACGGCCGAGGCGCCCACGCUCACACCCCCUCGCGAGCCACGGCCCCUUGGGCCCAGCGACCAGGCCACCUUCCGUGACUUUGACUAUGUCUCUGAUGCCUGCUAAUCCUAGCAAGGGGAAGAGCCUGGGGCUGGGGGGAGGAGCUGGACUGCAGCCCCCCGCCAACCCACUCCUCCCCUGCCCUGAGUUGCGGGGGAAGCCCAGCACUGUGAAGAGGUGGGGCAGGUAAGAGGCUCUGGUGGGAGGACAGGCUCUCCCAGACCCUCCCCUCCACUAGGGGGGUGUUAGAGACUCCGCUAUGGGAGGAGGGUUGUAGGGGCCUGGAGCCUGGAUGUCUGGGUUCCUUUCUUGGCUCUGCUGCUGCUUUGCUGUGGGAGUGUGGGCUUAUGCCUCAGUUUCUCCCAUGUGCCCAUUGGGGGAGGGUCGGGGGCAGGAUGGAGCCUCUUCCCCACAUAGAGAAAGAUGUUCACCAACCACCCCACACAGGCUUUGGGAAAGCCUUUAGAGCCCUGCAUACUUCAGCUGGGAGAGGAAAGACAGCUUCUGCAUCGGUUUGAGAGCCUAGACAUCUGCGUUGUGUCCUCGGUUGCAAAAAGGACAUUGAGGCCUUGUGAACUGGUGGCAGGGUGGGGGCUGGAUGCCCAAACCCAUGGGCAGGGCCAUCCCUAGGGCGUGUGAAUCAGGGUGACCACCCUAGGCCCCACGCUUUGGGGGGCCCCGCGGACAGUGCUGUAUAGGCCCUGCUGUGACCACCAUGCACCACUGCUGCCAAAUGUUGCUGGCUCUGCUCUGGCCACUCGCCACCCCCCCCUGCCCUAACGGGCCCUGCAGAGGCUGGUAUGCCCCGGCACUGCACACCGCUAAGGACAGCUCUGCCCAUGGGUGCUUGUUCCAGCCCUAGCUCAGUUUCCAUACUGGGAGCUGAGCAAACCUGAGUACCCACCUCCAUCAUUAGGGACCAAAGUUUAACGGUCAGCAAAAAGCGAAGGGGGCUUAUUACACAGUGGUGCCAGGGCUGCUAUAAGGGGGGUGGCUCUGGACAUUCAGCAGCACUCCACAGCCUCCAGAAGGAGCCCCACUCCAUGUAUAGCACCUAGAGGCUGCCUAGAGGGGUUUGUCCCCCUAGUACCUCCCCACCCCAAUGCUCAGGUGUGUUUGAAACAAUUUGCAGCCAAUAAACUCAGCCCAGGACUUUC